AGAUUGUGACUCAUGUGGUCUCUCAGCUUCAAAUGGUAAUUUUCAGGAUAUUACACAGCAGAGAGGGGCGGAGAGCUGAACAGCCUCCUCGGUAUUUCCCUCAGACUGCCAAGCACACAAUGACAGAGAGCGUCUGAUAGAGCAACAUGCCAGAUUCUGGAUUUUUGAUAUGGAUUUUAUUCUCCCUAUGGGGUACGAAUUCUUUUCUUUCUUGUUUUGUUUCCUUUUUUUCUCCUUUCUUUUCCAUAAUUUCUUUUCUUUCUUUUCUUUUUAUGAAACAUUCCUUUUAUUCUUGCAGGAAUAAUGAUUGCCGGCAGUGUGAGGACUCUUCCUCAUGUGAUGAAGUACCAAACAGUGACACCUCAGAGGCUCAAAGAUUCAUCUCAGGUUGAUGAUGCUGCUUCACAUCAGGUAACAAACUCUUAACUUCUUUGUUAACUCAAAAUACGUCUUUAUAACACUUAGUUUAACAUGCAUUAAAGUUUCCUCAACUGUGUUUGUGUGUGUAGACAUACCCUGAUGUACUCCGGUACUCUUUGGUGAUAGCUGGGAAGAACUAUACGCUGCACCUGGAAAAGAACAAGUGAGAUAACAUGAUAUUGUCUUCUUUUGAUUCUGCAUGUAUUAAAUAUUUUUACAGAUGAGGUGCCCUCAGUAUAUCUGACAUGAAAAACUCUCUUUCAGAGAUCUUAUUGGGAAAAACUUCACAGUGACACACUAUUCUGAUGAGGGCAAAGAGAUCACAACGACUCCAGAUCUAGGGGUAUGUAGCUUUGUUUUCUUUCACUGCAAAAAUCAACAUAAUCUCAAAGUCUGUGACCAGCUGGCAAUGCAAGAGAUGCAGUUUGAAUAUAUCUCCUAGUCUAUCUAGUAUAAUGUAUAUAGAAAGAGUUAAGACAGAUAAAACUUUGAUUUGGUUAAAAUUGUCGUGCACUGAGGUCAGACCGGAUCACCAUUUCAUUUCACUUCAUUCAUUUUCUUUGAGCAGUUAAAUAAAACCGAUAUGUGGGUGAUUCAGAAGUCUGUAAUAGGCUGGCACAUGGACCAAACUAUGUAAUUUUUGCUUUGCUAGUUCGAAAGUAAGACACAUCCUGCGCCAACUGCCCACUUAGUUUCAGUGGUUUUGUUACAGUUAGUUUGCUGUUAAAAAAUGUUGGUGUGACUAUUUUCUUGUGAGUCUGAAGUUGCAGCUCUUGAGUGUUAGAGGAAAAGCAGUUUUUUUUUUCCCUCAUUGAUAAGUUUGACCUAUUUAUGGUCAAUUAUCUUCCAUAAUACAACACGUUUACUCUUAUCUGUCAAGCUUUUAAAGAUGGGAUAAUAUGAAAAAAAACAAACAAACUGUAAUUUACUGACUAUUUAACUGUAAAUCAUCCUCCAGAGUGACUUUUAAUACGAAUUAUGCAAUACACAAGAGGGUCUGCAAUCUGUCUUAAGAUAUCAGAUGUCAUGAAACUAAAUUUCUCAACAAUUAAGUUCCUCUAUUUGCAAACUGGUGACACUCACUGCAGAUCCUGAUGCAAAUGUGGAACAGGAAGGGACAUAUAAGGUCAUGAUGUGGAUCCAGUGGCUUGUGACACACAUAGAACAAAAUGAUCCGUGAAAAUUUUCUAUCAUAGAUGUGUCCAAAUUUGGAUUCUUCUUGGAUUUUGUAACAAAUAAUGGAUGUGUUCAGGUUCACUGCUACUAUCAUGGACAUGUCGUGGGCAUGGAGGACUCAUCUGCCAGCGUGGGACUGUGCUCAGGAAUAAAGUGAGUAAUGCCAGAGGUAUUUCUUUGAUUUUUCAAUGUCUCUAAUUACAAAAUGGUUAUUGCCUUACUAAUAAAGGCUCCGAAUUUAAUAAAACUCUUGGUGAUUUGCCACUGUGUGUCCAAUCCAAAGUCCCAUAGCAUCCAAGUCAUCCAUAACCAAGACACUUCAGACUGUUAUCAAUCCUGUGUCUGAGAUCUGUGACUCAGUGUACAAAGGCCGUACAAACCACUCUAGUACCCUCUUCUUUCUGCUUUGUAAGAUGUCUUGUAAGUGAAGUUGAAUGUAAGCCGUUUGAGAGUCAGCCGUACUGAAGUUCUUGUUCUCGACUACAGGGGCUUUGUGCGUCUCCAGGACCAAAUGUACCUCAUUGAACCUCUUACCGGUGCUGAGAUGGGACAGCAGGACGAGGCGCAGAGCUCUGAGGACCACGGCAGGGAGGUUCUCCACGCUGUCUACGACUAUCAACACCUGAGAAAGAAGCGGAGCUCCUGUUCCCAUGGAAACACAACCAUGUACUAUGAUCAUGGCGCUCGUUCAGCUGGACUGUUCAAGCUCAGCAGUCUGGUAAGGACACACAGCAAGGACAAGUAAACAGAUACAGCAGAGCCUGAAGAGUUAAGGUGGUGAGAAUUUUAUUCAGAGGAGUUCAUGCAAGAAAAGACCCCUAAAAUUCUUUUUACUAGUGCAGGCGCUGAGCCGUAAUAAAUCUGAAAUCAGUCAAAAACAAUUCCUUCUUGAUCAUCAAAGAUCAUUAUUCAUAUCUGAAUGGAUGCUUUGGGAUCAGUACAAUUCUGCAAAAUGAACAUGACAGUCAUUUCAUCAUCUUUGGACAUCCAGACCUUAAAUCACAUCCAGUCUCUUAGCAGGACAAUUUCAAGAGAAAUUUAAUUUAAUAUUUAUAUUGUAUAGCCACAUGAACACAACAUAUAUAUAUAUAUUUUUUGUUAACUUACAAUCAGCCUUUUAUGUCUACACAAGGAGAGAGUCCUUGUACAUGGAAGCAACCAUUUCAUUUAUGAUGUAGAACUUAUUUAUCUCUUUAUCAUUGACUGUUUUUACUAUUUAACUUCACAAACAAUAUCAUUGAGUGUUUUGCAAACGUAAAACACAGAGUAAACAAAUCCUAUUUAUAGGAUUUAUAGGUUUUAUAUGUUUAUAUGUUUGAAUAAGUUUAAUGUGAGUCUUUUUAGACUACUGAGGUUCAGGAUUUCAGGGUGGCCACUGAGAUCAGAUUUGAGGGGGGCCAUGGCCACCCUAUGAUCAUGCCCUGGCUCCGGCCCUGGACGUCAUGCUCAAGUUUGAUUUAGAUUAUUCCAGAUUAAGUGAAUUAUACAAAUUUCAUCGUCAGUUUUAGAGGCUCUGUGUGGUCGAUCCUGAUACUUAGGAUUUGUUUACUCUGUUUUACGUUUGCAAACCACUUAAUGAUAUUGUUUGUGAAGUUAAAUAGUAAAAAAAAGUCAAUGAUAAAGAGAUAAGUAAGUUCUAUAUAAUAAGUUUAGGUCAAAUGUGUGUAAAUCUGUAUUAUUUCUAUAACACUUAUUACCAGCCAUCAAAGAGAAAUACAGUAUGUGUUAACACUUUCAGUGCUGAUAAUAUCUCGAUCCUCUUGUGUCAUUCAGAAAAGCAGAGCUCAGAGAAAAGAUCGCAAAAAGAAACCCAGGACGGUGGAGCUGGUUGUGGUUGUCGAUAACACAGAGGUUUGUUUGUUUCUCUGUUUUCUUCUCUCACUAAGUUUGUUGUUGUUGUACUUAUAUUGCUCCUAAGGUUUUUGCACUUUUGCCCUAAAACAUGUUUGUCUCAUCUUUCAUAUCUGAAGGUCCUUUGAUUGAACCACUGAUUUAUUUCUACUUUACUUUUUAGUACAAGAAGUUUGGCAGUAAGAGGAAAAUAGAGACCAGAGUGCUUGAAGUAGCAAACCACGUGGACAAGGUGAGUUUGUGUCUCUGAUUCACUUAGAUGAUUGGAAAGGUAUCUAAGGUUGCAUUGAUAAAGUUCAAAAGGUUUUAAAUGUAACCUUCUAAUCCAUUUACCUUCUGCACCAGCUGCUUUUUAUCUAUUUCUGCUGGUAUAAUUGGUGUUGAGGGUUUUUUUCAUUACAGCGCAUCCAUGAGUAAGAAAUCUGUCCUGAUACUACUUGUUCUUUUCUGACUGGAAUCUGACCAGUUAAAGGAAGGAGAAGUUCUCUCGCUGAGAAAAUCUAACUUUAACUGUGAAUCUUCACACCCAAGCUGAAGAUUUUCACACAUCUCGCACUAUCCUCCAUGCGUACUCUGAUAAAGCAGAGCCAGCAUGGCUGCAUCUUCAGACAGAUCUAGACUCAACAAUGAUUUCCUGUUGUCAGCGAAGCACCUGGAUCUGAAGCUUCACAUGAUUGACUUAGUAAAAAACAUACUUGAUUUUUCAUUCAGUUUUACGAUUGUCAAACUGCUCUGUUUCAGCUCUACAGACCCCUGAACAUUCGUGUGAUGUUGGUCGGCGUGGAUAUCUGGUCUUAUAGAGAUCAGAUCGAUGUCAGCACCAGUCCUGAGGUCACCCUCGGCCGCUUCCUGGAGUGGCGGCAGCGCUCCCUCCUGCUGAGGACUCAACACGACAACGCACAGUUCAUCACGUAAGAUUUGACUGUUUUGGACUCCCCACUCCAAAGUCAAUGACAAUAUUUUCAGAUGACUCUGCUGUCCUCAGCUAACCGCACAAGUAAACAGAGUUCUGUUCGGUGGCGUGAUUGUGAACAGCUCAUUUAAGAUGUGAGAGGAACAGAGGAGAGAGUGUCAGUGGGAGAUUAAACUUCAUCAGCCUUACAGGGUGAAAGAAUCAGUCAGGUCAGCUUCUACAGAUGACCAAGGUUCAUGGUUUCAUUAUGGAGGGCAUAGUCAGGCACUAAAUAUCAGGAUGGUGCAGCGGUUUUUCUCUAGAGUUAAAUCUAAUGUCUGCUUCACACUGAAUUCGUGACGGCUUUUUUUUGUCUGUCUUGAAGGUUAUAGUCAAGAAUAAUCCACUCCAAUCACGAGCAGCCUAUUCUCAGGCGAGCACAAACAGAAUUGUAACACCUGAAAGUAUUAGAUUUUACCAUCUGGCAGACAAUAUUGAGUUUUCCAAAGUUCUUUUGUUACCUAGGACAAAGUUUUAAAUAACUUUUUCUUGAAGCUGCACAGGCUGUUGCUACUUAUGAAUACUAUUUAAAAGUACUACAAAGGAGAAAGUUACACUGACAAUGAAGUCUAGAGACAAUAAACUCUUUGUUUCAGAAGAUAAAGUGUAAAACUGUUGUUCUUUGGUGUCUAAACGUGAUGCUUUUCUCCAUUCAGAGGUGUGGAUUUUGACGGUUCCACUGUCGGCUUGGCCAACACCAACGCCAUGUGCACCUCCAACUCUGGAGCUGUCAACGAGGUAAACACACUUUUUUGUUCUGAUAAAUGUGAGGUUUCUGUGUAAAAAUGUAGAAACUAAAGGGAAGUGGAUGAGAAUGCACAGUGUUAAUUUCACUUACCUUCAUGUUUGCUUAAUGAGCACAAAAAAGGAAACCUGCACAUUCACUGAGCAUGGUGAUAAUUAUGAUAUCUUUAGCACAUAGAUGAAUUGUGUGGGCUUGUGUUGGCUUACAUAAUUCCUCUAUAACGAACUCUUUUCUACUCUACACACAGGACCAUAACUCCAACGCCAUAGGAGUGGCCUCUACUAUUGCACACGAGAUGGGUCACAAUCUGGGCUUGUCCCACGACACUGAAAACUGUGUCUGCGGCUCCUCCAUCUCAAAGAAAGGCUGCAUCAUGUCCGAAAGCGUCGGGUAAGCCUCAUUCCUCACCUUCACAUUAACAUCACGUUCUCAAAUCUUGAAUUAAACUAAUGUCUUUCCUCUCCUCUCCUCUUUCUUGCUACCUCUUCUUCCAGCUUUGUGUAUCCAGAGCUGUUCAGCAGCUGCAGUCAGGAGCAGCUCAGCAGGUUCCUGGACGAGGUUGACCCUGCUUGUCUGCUGGAUACUCCCACGACUGACCGCGUCUACGGAGGGCCUGUGUGUGGAAACGCCUUUGUAGAGCCGGGAGAGGAGUGCGACUGCGGCACCGUAGAGGUCUGGACUUGUGCAAAAAUAGAUGCUGAUAAAAGUGUUCAAGCAACUUAUUUGUUGUUUUGAAAAUGUAAAGUACAGCUUUUGAUGAAUUUACAACUUACAUUUCUGCUGGACGAAAAACAAAAAUGAAAACUGCAACAUGUAUCAAGGCUCUUUCCCCAAUAUUUGGGUUGUAAUCAGUCCUGGUAUUUAGGGACAGCUUGCAUGGAUGCAACCAAUGAAAGAUGACAGGUCUGCUUCAAGAAAUCAAGUGGCAAAAUACAGAUACUUGUUAAACAAAUAAGAGAAUAAGAGAUACUGCAGUAAAAUCAAGAUGUCUGAUAACUCUACUCAUGCACAUUCAGGAGUUAUUUGUACUUUCUUGAUUCCCAUCUGUGCACUCAGAGCAGAAAUGAGACCGGAUCUUCAUAUCCUGCAUGCAUCUGUCUGUCUGUUUCACAGGAAUGCAAGAAUCCAUGCUGUAACGCCACCACCUGCAAACUAAAAGCAGGAGCUGCGUGUGCAGAGGGGGAGUGCUGCCAUAACUGCCAAGUGAGUAAUACUCACUAUUCUUUCUAGAUGCAUGAAAUCCAACUGAUGCUAAAUGUGUUACCAUAAAUCUAGACACUGUCUGACUGCGCCGUCUGGACAGUUGUCUGUGAGUGCGUAUAUUUCAAUAGUUGGUACACCACCAUCUGUUUGUCUCCGCUCUGCAGCUGAAACCAACAGGCAGCGUCUGCAGACUGAAGACAGGAGACUGUGACCUCACUGAAUACUGCACCGGCUUCUCCGCCUCCUGCCCAGCUGACGCCUACACCCAGAACGGCCGGUCGUGCAACCGGGGGAAGGGAUACUGCUACAACGGACAGUGUCCGUCUCGACAGGAACACUGCAAGAGGCUCUGGGGCCCAGGUAAGACACCAGAGAGCGUUUACAUGAGAUGUGCUUUAAGACUUUGACAUCUGCAGCCAUCAUCUUAUUUGUUUGAAUUGUGUUUAGAUGCUGAUGUAGCUGCAGAUGGUUGCUUCUACCAGCUUGGAAACUGCAGAAGGAUGAUGUUUGGCCAGAAAUGUCCAGGCCGGUAUGUGAUCAACCAGAAAACCAGCAUUUUUAGCAUUUUGGUUAAAACAUUGCAGAAGUUUUUGAUUAAUGCUUUGGCUUUCAUUUGUUUUUUUGGUCACAGAGAUCAAGCCUGUGGGACGCUCUAUUGUACUGGAGGUUGGGAUUUUCCUGUAACAUCCAUGAAGUCCUUUUCACAAUUAGGAAAUGGGGAAGCUUGUAAUGAGGCCAAGAUGAAACCUGAGGAUAAAUACCCUGCAGAUCUGCCCAAAGUGCCCACUGGCACCAAGUGUGGCAGCAACAAGGUAAGAAGAUGAUGGACAGAUGCAAAGCUGCAUUUAACCCUCAGAGUCUCUCACAGGGAAGUGGGACCUUUAGGGAUCUUCAACCAAAACGCCACGCUAUAGCCACAAAUAAUGCUCAGAACAGCACCUAACUUUAUUAACAGCACAUAUAGGGUCCCAGUCAUAGUACUAGCUACCAAACAUCUUUUUAACUUUGACUCAUUUCUUUAGCAAAGAGACUAAACACAACUCACCUACUCUCUUCCAGCAGCUGCUUGUUUGUAGCGAGACCUCAGGCCAGUCCAUUACAGACUACAGCGGGAGUUACGCAGCUCAAGGAAGAACAUUUAUGAUCAUUACUUUAUCAUUUCCUUGAAGUAAUAAUCACCAUAUUGAUCAUUUCGCACUGCAGACACGGUAGUUCUUCUGCCUUAGCGUCUCGGUCUGAUUGUAUUUCCAUGAAGAAAUGAUCAUAAAUGUUCUUCCUUGAGCUGCGGCACCCCACUGUAGUAGAUGGACUCGCCCAGAGCUCUUUGUACAAACAAGUGGCUGCUAGAAGAGAGUAGCUGAGUUGUGUUUAGUCUCUUUGCUAAAGAAAUUAGGCAAAGUUAAAAAGAUGUUUGGUAGCUAGUACUAUGACUGGGACCCUAUAUGUACUGUUGAUGAAGUUAGGUGCUGUUCUGAGCAUUAUUUGUGGCUAUAGAGUGGCGUUUUGGAUGAGUGCGUGGCUCUCUGUAUUGCUACCCUGCUGUCAUUACUAAAUUAAUUAUACGUUGGAAUAUCCCUUUAAUACUGAAAACAGGUGAUAAGAUGAUCAAUUGGAUUAGAGUUACUAUCAAAAAUGGUAGAAAAUGACUCGGGUUUAACUGUUUUGAAAAGGUUUGUCUUUUUCACCUGUCAGAUCAGUAAUAAACUGCGGUGGAUACUCAUAAAAACUGUGCUGACAUGAAAUUUUAAUCCCUUGAGAGGAAGCUCCUUUGUCUAAAAGUCAUGGCUACUUUUGGAGGAAGCGUGACUCAUGUUGCUGUUAGCAUCAACAAAACUUUCAAACACAUGAACAGAGUCAGUGUUCUCACUGUGGCGUUGUCUUUUUUUUGUUCCAGGUGUGUUACAACCAACAGUGUCAAGACAUCAGCAACAUUAAAGAGUACGGCACAGAUGAGUGCUCAGCCAAAUGCAACAACAACGGGGUGAGAAACAUGUUUAAAUCGUCAAAUACGACAUCUGUUUGGAGAGUAAAUUAAUCCGUCUUUUUUAUCAGCUGGCAUAGAUCUAACAAAAAAGAUGAGUUAAGACUUCAAGAAAAAGAGAUAAUUCAAUCAAAAAUAAGAAACAGGAUUCAUUCCCAUGUUUUUUCUUGCUGUUUACUACUUGAGUGCUUUUUUUAGAGUGAUGACAUUUUGACACUUAUACUGUGGGUGUGAUUUUCCACAGGUUUGUAACCACGAGAGGAAGUGUCACUGCGACCCCGGGUGGGCCCCGCCUUACUGUAACGUUCAGCUGUCAGAGAUCCCUGAAGGUACGGCACAAGGUUGUUCGCCUGUCCACAGAUGUUAGCGCUGACAGCCAUCAUCAGUGUGUCUGACCUCUUAAUGACCACGCUUCACACAAGACUGCGUCUCUGUUUUUCCACCAAGAUUUAAUACUUGAAGCAGACUUCUCGUGGACCCUGAAACAAUUGUGCUCUGUUCUGACGAGCACAGACAGACACUGAUUGGACGGAAUUCCCCUGUUAGUCAAACGCUGUAAUGACGUUACACAGAUCAUUCUGUUUUCUGAACAGGUGACGUGCUGCCAAAUGCUCGUCCUCAAGCAGUAAAUAGAGCUGCCCACAUUCCUUACCCGAGAAGAAGUACAGUUACUUGAGUAAAAAGACUGUAAGAAGAAGUAAAAAGUACUUUUUCAUGGCUAAUGUGUGUAUAUAUGUGUGUGUGUUGAGCAGAAACAGGCAGGACGGUGGUCUUAGCUGUGUCUUUGGCCGUUGGCUGUCUCCUGCUGUUGGUCGUGGUUAUCGCAAGUCUGAUGUGCUGCCUGAAAAAGAGACGUCCUGCCAAGAGGUGAAGAAAGAGAGAAAUUAUUGAACAAGAAACCACCUCCAUUACCACCUCCAUCUGUAACUGCAGUUUUUCUGUCUUUCUCUCUACAGAAACCUCCAAUCUACCUCAGGACAAUUCAACCCCUUGUUUCAGUCCAGCAGCACUCGCAGCAGCCCUCGGGUCGGGCAGGCACACAUCAGCAAGCCUAUAUUUGUGGAGUCUUCGGCCACUCAGGCCUGUAAACCUCUGACCCCCGUUCCCGUGAAACCGCAAACUGGAGCGAUGAAGCCCAGCAGAGCAGCUCCAGUGGUGAGUGUGCAUUUAUUUCAACUUACCCGUUGUUUUAAGGUGUUGGUCAACUCUUGUUUCAAAUCCUUCCUCUUUUCUUGCAUACGCUUUUCUGUCCUAUUCUGCAAGAACGUAAAUCUAACACAGCGAACAAUUAAAAUUUUACAUCUUAAUUGAAGAAAUCUGAUCAGUAAAUUUUUCCUGCUGCUUUCACUCAGUGCAUGUGAUUUAGACCUUCUCUUGUGCCUGUCAUGUUUCAUGAUUGGAAGAAGAUCUGACUGUCGGUGUGGUGCCUGACAGUGCACUUGUGAUUUCAGUUUUUGCUCUUAUUAUUAGGUAUUGUUCUAACCGGGUCAACAGCAACUCUAACACGACAAGUACCAUAAGUUUAAUAAGAGCAUUUUAUAAUUUAGUCAAUUGAUUUUUUUAAAAAGCUAAUUUAAGUGUUUCUUUUAAGCAUUUAAAGUCAAAGACAGGUCGGUGCAGACCCUAACACAGGAAGAGGGAUAUACAGUUUGCAAGAUUUGAGCAUUUUGCAUUUUAUACAUGAGUUCUGUGUGUUUUUGCAAAGCCCGUUUGAUGCAGGUUUGCAUUAAGCAUAAGUGCAUUAACAAAAAGCUGCAAACACUGAAACGUUUGCAAUUUUCCACUCACCCCUCUGUUUUUGUCCCCAUCAGCCACCCAUGAAAGAGACUGCUGCGGCCCAGCCAUCAAAGAUGCAACAGGUAAUUUGAGUCACGGUUUUGUGUUGAUUUAAAUGUAGAAGAAAUGCAUUUUGAGUAGCAGACUUUUGUUUUUGUGUACUGUAUUUUGAUCAAUAAACUCAUGGUUUAUCUACAGGCUGUAAGGCCCUACAUGCAGCCACAGAGCAUUUCAAGCAAACCAGUCUACCCUGAGGUAAAAUUCACUCACAUUUUAAUGAUUUUUCCAGUCAUUUGGUUCUUUAAAAGGCUUGUUUUUUUCGCUUGGUUGAACAAAAGAGUGAUGUUUUAAUAAAAUUUUGUGGUCUCUCUUUGUCAGAGUAAGCCACUACCUCCCUCAAGACCUCUGCCACCACUCUCAACCAAACCGGUGAGUAAGAUUACAUCUCCUUCAGUCUUCAGCUGCCUUUUAUUUACACUCACGUGUUCAUCUUUUAUUACCCUGCUGCUCUAACUUGAACAUCUGCUCUCUCCAGGUCUCAAAGCCAAAGCCUCCCAUGCCCCCAGUGAAGCCAAAGUCCUCUGCAGCCACGUCUCCGCUGCCUCACACUCUGCUGGUAUGUAUCCAGACAGCAGUCACAAUGUCCUAAGAAUCCUCCAAAUCUUGGCAUUCAGACAUUCCUUAUGUUAUUCAAGGCUUCACGUUUAUGGAGACGUCUGUGGUUUUUGGACAAUGUUCAGCAUAGCAGUGUGAUGAACAAGCAGUGACUGAGUGUUAGGGAGUCAGUAAGAGUAACCAGUCCGCCUUUGUGUUCGGCUGAAAGGAGAGGAGACUUUUAAUUUGACAAGAGAACCUCAAACUUUAUUAUUCUUAUAUAAACAGACAUACUCGUCUUUAGAAACAGUCAAAAAUGCAUUGGUAUAACUCACAAACUAACAAACAGACACCAUGAGUGGCAUGUUUGUUAACUGUGUUGUUUUUCUAGCUUGCAGGCAAAACUGCUCUGAUGCCCCCCAGCAGGCCGAGAUGACAGAGGGAAUAACCCCGCCUGGUGUAAACACCGUGAUCCUUUUACAGCAAACGCUGCUGUUGACCUUUUGAGAGGGACCUGAAAUCGUCUCAGGACACACUCCUCUGUUUGUAAAGAGGGGACCCGAUCCACCGAAGGAUCGGCAACAGUGAGUGACAGAGCUCUUCUGUCACUUAUAUCGUCUCCCUGAAGAUUACCGCCGUCUGUGUCUUGCUUACAUAAGCCUUCAGUAUGUUGAUGAAAACCUGAGGCCGUGAUUGACAGGCUGUACGUCUGUGCUUUCUAAACGACAAAUGGCUCUGCUGCCGUGAUGAUUUUUUUCUUCUUUAAGGGAAAUGUUUUCUGCCUUGAUCCUCAGAUAUGUGAAAACUUCAUGAAGAAAUUGCACUAUAGAUGCUGUAACUGUUUUACUAACUGUUACCAUCCCUUCACAUAGAUUUGGUACUAAUUUUUUAAAGAAAUAAUGUUAAGGGAUUUUAAAAUAUUGCACCAAUGUUGGCACUUUGCACAUUUUUUCAUAGUGAGAACUUUUUUCUUUUCAACCAUGUCUGUACUAAUGUAAGUAUGCUUGACUUUGUGAGACUGGAUUAUCACAUGCACAAGUUUUGUUUUGUUUUGCAGACUUGAUUCAUGCAUUAUUUUUGUCUUUAAGGGAUUUUUGAAUUGUAUUUUCUAUGCAGCAGACACGAUCACAGAGCUCUCUCCUGUUUAUGCCAAUAAUUGUGGUCUUUCCUGCAAACAGAUGAAAUUUGUUUGAAUUUAUUUGAAAAGUAUUUUUCUUAUUUAUUGAGAUCGCUUCUAUUCUGUAAAAUGGAGCUUACAAUAAAAUAAAUCAUAAAAAUGGA